AUGCGGCCUGACUGCGAGCCGCCGGAGCCGACAUUCAUAUUCACUGGUAAACUCAAUUUGCGCCCGGACUGCAAGGCUUCACUCUUUCCCCAUGCCUCAGUACCAGCUCGAGGCAAGAUCCACCUCGAUGUCGAGGAGGAAGAGCAGGACCCGUUCGAUGUGACGAAGCCAGAGGAUCUCGUGGACGGGACACCGGUCUACGGAGACGAGUUCUGGCACACGAUGCGACUGAGGAAGUUGUUCUUCUCAUUCCUCCUCGCAGCCAUAUUGAUGGUCCAAUGCGUCAGCCUCGGCUGGGCGGCCAUUGAGGACGAGCGGACGAGCAUUGCGGUGCACACCUUGCACGUCGUAUUCGCACUCUACACGCUCGCAGUGGCGGCGCGCUCGGUGGGCCAACAGGACAACGAGCAUGCUGAGUCCAUGAUACACCUGUCUGCCCUGACGUUCGUUGCGUCUGCCUUCCUGUUCACCACAUCCAUCCUGCCGUCCACCGAGCUGAUCGACAUCAGCUCGUUCGUGCCCUCGACCGUCCCGCUCGGUCUAUUCUACGCAACGCUUGCGCUGUACAUCGCGGCACUCGUCUUGGUCGCGACCACCCCAUGCGGGCCACCGCUGCACUUCCCACCGGAGCAAAUCUACUCGGAGAAGGUCACCGCGAAGAUGACGAACACGAGCGAGGACAACGUGUGCGGGAUCACGGGCGCGUCGGUGUGGGACACGCUGCUGUUCUCGUACACGACCAAGGUCGUGAUGCUCGGGAACACGGCGGAGAGCCUGGAGACGGGCGACCUGCCGAUCGUGCCUGCGGACAUGCGCGCGACGACGCUCUUCCGGAACAUGCGCGGCGCGUUGAAGAAAUACCACCUCCGUGUGCGCCCUGGCAGGGGUUGGGAGCUUGGUUAUCGUCUGCUGCGGGUCAACCUUUGGAAUGUCACGACGGUCGUUGUUCUCGCGAUGUCGGUCGCCGGUCUGUUCUAUACGCCGCACUACUUCCUCCAGCGCGUCGUGCGCUACCUCGAGAUGGAUCCCGAGAGGAAGGACCGCAGUUGGGGAUGGGCAUACUGCUGUGGGUUGUUCUUCGCGAACGCCCUCACUCAGCUCAUCACGGGACAACUGUGGUCUUUGUCUACGACCACCCUGCAGGUCAGCUUCAAGGUUCAGCUGAACUCGAUCCUGUACGCCAAAACGCUUGUGCGGAAGGACAUCGCCUCAUCUGCUGGCCCCGCUCCUGAGUCGGCGGCCGCCGAGAACGGUGUCGCCGCCAGUGCGAAUACCGAAAACGGGGAGACGAAGAGCGACGAAGACGAUUUCUCGAGCAAGGCACAGAUCAUGACGCUGAUGACGACGGAUGUGGACCGCGUCAGCGAGUUCGCAUGGCACUUGUUUACGCUGUUUGAUGCUCCCAUCGAGCUCAUUAUCGGCACGAUAUUCUUGUACAGCUUGCUUGGCGUCUCUUGUUUCAUCGGACUUGCGGUGACAUGCUUGUUGCUCCCGCUCAACCACUUCGCGAGCAAGGUCGUCGUCUCGGCACAGGAUAGCUUGAUGAAAGCGCGUGACGAGCGUGUUUCUUUGAUGAACGAGAUCCUUGGUGGUAUUCGUAUGCUCAAGUUUAUGGCAUGGGAGCGCAGCUUCGAAGCACGAGUCAUGAAGGUUCGGGCGAAGGAAUUGAGGUACCAGAAGCUCAACUACCAUAUCGAGGUUAUCUUCAAUGCCAUAUGGGGUGCUUCUCCGAUUAUUGUCGCGCUGGUGUCUUUUUGGCACUUCGCCGUCGUUCGUGGGCAAGUACUAACGCCUUCCAUCGCGUUCACUUCUAUUAGCGUCUUCAACGAGCUGAAGUUCGCCUUGAAUGCGCUUCCGGAGACGUUCAUCAACAUGCUUCAGUCUAUGGUGUCCAUGCGUCGUAUUGAGAAGUAUCUGCACGGUGCCGAGGUAGCAGUCGUCGAACCCCUGAGCCAGCAGUCGCAAGCUAUCACGUUGCAAAACGCGACGAUUACUUGGCCGCAGGACCGUGUCCGCGGUGCCAGCGCUACCCCCUCUGCUGCGUCGACCCCCAAGCAGAAAUUCGUGCUGCUUGAUCUGAGCAUCGACUUCCCGGUAGGCGAGCUUUCGCUGAUUUGUGGUAAGCUCGGAAGUGGCAAGUCUUUGCUUUUGCUUGCGCUCCUUGGUGAAGCGGAUGUGCUUGCUGGCCAGUUGAUGUGUCCGCGCUCGCCGCCUGAUGCGAUUGCUUCCUUCGCGGGCAAGGUUGUGCCUGAGGAGGAGUGGGUCGUGAAGGGCGUGUGUGCAUAUGUCCCUCAGAGUGCUUGGCUUCGUAACGCUUCAAUCAGAGAGAACAUCCUAUUCGAUCUCCCGUAUGUCGAGGAUCGCUAUCAGCGAACUCUUGAGGUCUGCGCUCUAGUCAGCGACUUCAAGAUCCUCGAGGACGGAGACAUGUCGGAGAUCGGUGAACGUGGCGUAAACCUGUCGGGUGGCCAGAAAGCUCGAGUGUCGCUCGCACGCGCGGUGUACUCGCGUGCCUCGGUUCUUCUGCUGGACGAUGUUCUCUCUGCGGUUGACGCCCAUACUGCUCACCACCUCUACAGCGAAUGUCUACAGGGUGACCUGAUGCGCGGUCGUACUCUGAUACUGGUGUCACACCAUGUACAGCUUUGUGCACCGGGUGCAAGCUACAUCGUCGCUCUCGACAACGGCCGAGUCGCCUUCCAAGGCGAUCGGGAGACGUUCCGGUCGUCUGGUGUACUGAACACGCUCGUCCAAUCCGGAUCUGCUGAUGCAAAUGAUGACAAGGAAGAGACGACAGUAGCAGACGUAGAGGAGCUAGUCACCGAGAAGGAGUCAUCCGACGACAAUGGAGGACACUCCUUGGAGACUACCUCUACUGCCGCUACGUCUGAGACUGAGGUGAAGCCAGAGGAACGGAAGGCACCGCGCAAGCUCAUCGAAGAGGAGAAGCGUGCUGUCGGUCGCAUUGGCAAGGAUAUCUGGAUGACGUACAUCGACGCUUGCGGUGGUUAUCUGUACUGGAUCAUGUUUGGCGUGGCACUACUGCUCGCAGCACUCAGUCCCGUUGCCGAAAAUGGUUGGCUACGUAUCUGGACGGGCUCGGCGCUUGAAACAGACGAGCCAAGACCUCCAUCCUUCUACAUUGCUAUCUAUGCGGCAAUCACUGGAGCUGGCGUUAUCCUCCAGACUAUCCGCUGGGUCGUUAUUUACCACGGUGGUAUCCACGCGUCAACUGUCCUCUAUCAGCGACUUCUCGAGGGCGUUCUCUUCGCCAACAUCCGUUUCCACGAUACGGUCUCUCGUGGCCGACUGCUCAACCGCUUUGGAAAGGACUUUGAGGGCGUUGAUAGCAACCUUCCCGACAACUUCGGACGCAGCGUUGCCUACACCUUGUCUGCCACCACGACGUUCCUUACGAUCACGUACAUCGGAGGCUUGCCCUUCUUGUUGGCGGCUUUCAUCUUUGGAAGUCUGUACUACAGCGUUGGCAAGGUUUACGGACAAACAUCUCGGGACAUGCGGCGACUUGACUCUGUCACUCGCUCGCCUUUGUACUCCAUUUACGGCGAGACUAUUGCGGGCGUGACGGUCCUCCGAGCGUUCGGAGCUUCCACGAAGUUUAUGAGAGACAUGCUGCGAUGCGUUGACACUAACACCAACCCGUACUACUGGAUGUGGGGUGUGAACCGAUGGUUGUCUGCCCGUUUCAACCUCCUCUCCAGCGCUGUUGUCGGAGUGACUGCCUUUGUAUGCGUACUGACGCCCGGUAUCACGGCAUCGCUGGCCGGAAUGGCCCUUGCGUUCUCCUCGACCAUUCUGAACGACCUCCUCUUCCUCGUACGACGAUUCGUCGGGCUCGAGCAAUCUAUGGUUGCCGUGGAGCGUAUCAAGGAGUUUUCCGAGCUCCCACGCGAGCCUCCUGAAUUCAUUGAGCCGCGUCCUCCCGCCUCCUGGCCCGAGAAAGGCGCUAUCAACUGCGAGAACCUCGUCAUCCGCUAUGCACCCGACCUCCCGGAUGUUCUACACCACCUGAACUUCACCAUCGCACCUGGAGAGAAGAUCGGCGUGCUCGGGCGGACGGGCUCGGGCAAGAGCACGCUCGCGCUCUCGUUCUUCCGCUUCGUGGAGCCCGUCGAGGGCCGCAUCCUCGUGGAUGGCUUGGACAUCGCGAAGAUGGGCUUGACGGAUCUGAGGAGCAAGCUGACGAUCAUCCCGCAGGAUCCGACGAUCUUGAGCGGGACGCUGAGGUCGACGCUGGAUGUGUUCAAUGAGUACGAGGACGCUGAGAUCUACGAGGCACUUCGUCGCGUGCAUCUCAUCCCAGCAAGCGAUGUCCCGUCCGAAGAUCCCGAGAUGGUCAACGCGAAUGUUUUCCGCGAUCUCGACUCGUCCGUCUCGGAAGGCGGCGACAACUUCUCCACCGGUGAAAAGCAACUGCUCUGCAUGGCUCGCGCCAUCCUCAAGCGCUCAAGGGUGCUGCUGAUGGACGAGGCUACCGCGAGCGUAGACUACGCUACCGACGAACUGAUUGGGAAGACUAUAAGACAAGAGUUCGCAGAGAGCACGCUCCUCACGAUCGCACAUCGGUUACGUACCGUGAUAGACUACGACAGGGUCAUGCUCCUCGAGCAGGGCCGAAUCGCCGAGUUUGAUAAGCCCGCGGUGCUGCUGGCAAACCCGUCGUCAAAAUUCCACAGCCUCUGCAAGGCCACGGGAAAGAGCGAGUUCGCAAUGUUGAAAAAGCUGGCGGGCGUACAAUAA